AUGGCGCUCGCAAAGCUCUUCUCGUCUGGCCUCUUGUUCGCCUCCCUGGCCGCCUCCAAGUGGAUCAUCCCCGGCGGCAGAUGGCGUGACACCGAGGGCAACCUCGUCAAUGCCCACGCUGGCGGCGUCACCCUCGACAAGGACACGGGCAAGUUCUUCUGGUUCGGCGAGUACAAGAUUCAGGGCCAGGAGGAAGGCGGCGGAGUCUCCGUCUACAGCUCCAAUGACCUGGCGACUUGGGAGUACCACGGCAAGGCCCUCGAACCUGUCGAAGGCCACCCGUACAUCUCGACCGAUAUGAUCAUCCAGCGUCCCAAGGUCGUCUACAGCGAGCCCACUGGCGAGUACCACAUGUGGUGGCACGCCGACAACUCGACGUACGGCCUCCUCCUCCAGGGCCUCGCCACCUCGCCCAACAUCUCGGGCCCCUACACCUUUGUGGACGCCAUCGCGCCCCUCGGCAACUGGUCCCAGGACUUUGGCAUCUUCACCGACUACAAGGACGGCCGCUCCUACGCCCUCUACUCCAACGGCGACCGCCUCGAAGGCCGCGACGUCUACAUCACGUCCUUCAACGACGAGCUCACCAACGUCACCGAGGUCGUCCACCGCUUCGACAAGUACGACCUCGAGGCCCCGACCAUCAUCCAGACCGACUCGAGCUACUACGCCCUCAUGUCCCACAAGACGGGCUACCGCCCCAACAACGUCGUCGCCUUCCGCGCCGACUCUCUCGCCGGCCCCUGGUCCCAGCCCUUCAUGGUCGCCGACCCCUACACCCGCACCUACAACUCCCAGUCCGGCUUCUCCCUCAAGAUCGAGGGCUCCGAGGUGACGACCUACCUCUACCUCGGCGACCAGUGGGACUCCAACUCGCUCUGGGAGAGUCGCUACAUCUGGCUGCCCCUCGUCGUGGACGAUGCCAAGAAGUCUCUCCACGUCGAGUGGCACGACGUCUACGACCUCGACGUCAAGUCCGGCGUCGUCACCCCGAUCGAGGGAACCCCCUACUACGCCCACGACUCCGCCACCACGGCCGGCAGCGCCUUCAAGCAGGAGGCCACCUUCGCCAGCGGCGGCUCCAUCGUCGCCGGCAUCUACGGCAACGACAGCACCGUCACCUUCUCCGGCAUCGAGGGCGCCGGUGAGCCCCAGUGGGUCUCCUUCUACUACCAGAACACGGACGACAUGGGCUUCGGCGACCAGCCCGGCGGCACCCCGGACCGCAUCGGCGGCAAGUGGCAGCUGCGCCGCAUCGCCUCCGUCGUCGUCAACGGCAACGAGGAGCACGUCGAGACGCUAUUCCAGCGCGACACCCACAAGGGCAUCAUCCUGUCCACGCCCCUGCAGCUGACCCUGGACAAGAGUUCCAACAACACCAUCACGAUCGGCGGCCUGUGGAACGGCUUUGACUUCAAGGGCGCCGACAUUGACCGCAUCGUCGUGUACCCUCCCGAGGGCACCCCCAGCAAGUGCAAGAAGAGCAUUUAA